CGUAAAUAUAUUUUGACAUUUAACUGAUUUGGUGUUUUUUGUUUCUCGUGAAUAUUUAUCCUUCGAGCCCGAGUCGAGCCCAUUUUCGUACGGUGGUGAAACGGACCUUCGUUAGCGUUUAUCAGGACACGCGAGAGAGAAACCAUGUCGAAGCAGGGGAGCAUAAAGGGCAGCAUAAAAGACGGUGAGAAAGGAUCGUACGAUCCGGUGACGACGAACGGCGAUGCCGGGAACAGCGAGAUCAAGUUGGAGGCGAAGAUGUCCCUGUUGAACGGGGUCACGGUGAUCGUUGGUUCGAUCAUCGGUUCCGGAAUAUUCGUGAGCCCCGCUGGCGUGCUCCAGUACACAGGAAGCGUCAACGCUAGUCUGCUGGUAUGGACAGCGUCGGGUAUAUUUUCUAUGGUCGGAGCUUACUGUUACGCGGAGCUCGGUUGCAUGAUAAGAAAAUCGGGAGCGGAUUACGCUUACAUAAUGGAGACGUUCGGUCCCUUUUUGGCGUUCAUGAGGCUCUGGGUCGAGUGUAUGAUCGUGAGGCCGUGCAGCCAAGCGAUCGUUGCCCUCACCUUCAGCGUGUACGUGAUGAAGCCCUUCUUUCCGGACUGUGCACCGCCAGACGACGCGGCCAGAAUGCUCGCCGUUUGUUGCAUAUGCACUUUGGCGUUCAUCAACUGCUGGGACGUCAAAUGGGCAACGAGAGUUCAAGAUGUGUUCACGUACGCGAAACUUCUCGCCCUCUGCGUCAUCAUCGCUACCGGAGCUUAUCAAUUCUUCAGAGGAAACACCGAGUACUUCACCUUCGACAACACCAAGACCGAAAUCACCAGCAUAGCGCUGAGCUUUUAUUCCGGGCUGUUCGCCUACAACGGCUGGAAUUAUCUCAACUUCAUAAUCGAGGAGCUCAAGGAUCCGGUGAGAAACUUACCCCUCGCGAUCGGCAUAUCCUGCACCCUCGUCACAGUCAUCUACGUCUUGACGAACGUCGCUUUCUACACGACCUUGAGUCCCGUCGAAGUUUUGGGCAGCGGAGCGGUCGCUGUGACGUACGCGAACCAGCUGUUCGGAGUUAUGGCCUGGACGAUACCGGUCUUCGUGGCACUGUCCACCUUCGGAGCGGUCAAUGGCAUUUUGUUGACCUCCUCUCGCCUCUUUUACGCCGGAGCAUGCGAGGGCCAGAUGCCUGAAAUUUUGACGAUGAUUCAGGUCUCGAGGCUAACGCCGACGCCGGCCGUCAUUUGCAUGGCACUGCUAUCCAUGCUCUACUUGGCGUCUUCGGACAUAGUCGCUUUGAUCAACUACGUUGGAUUCGUCACUUGGCUGAGCAUCGGAGUGUCCGUUCUCUGUCUGCCCUGGCUCAGGUGGGCGCAGCCUAAUCUGCCGAGGCCCAUCAAAGUGAAUCUCGUGUUUCCGGUUGUGUACAUACUCGGCACGUUGUUUGUCACUGUUGUGCCGAUGUACGCUAGUCCAGUGGAGACAGGAUACGGUAUGCUCAUGAUACUGUCUUCGGUACCGGUGUACUUUGGAUUGAUUGCUUGGAAGAAGAAGCCGAUGUUUUUCCAGAAAGGAGUCGGCGCCAUCACCCAAUUUCUACAGAAGACCAUGGUAGUCGUUGGACCAAAGAAAGAAUAAGGUUUUACAAGCACACUUUUACAUUACAAUACUCUCUCAUAUUUGCCGCAUGCUUUUUUUGCUAUUUUCAACAUUUUUAUUUUAAUACCGAAAUUUCAGUUGAGCCGGGAGGUUUUCAACUCUGAACAAUUUUUCUCCAUCGGCUUUCUCAUUUUCCGAGAGCAUCUCGGAUUUUGCAUUCGAGUGCUUCCCUCUGUGAUCAACUUUGUGUCGAGUCAUCCGUAGUCGAAUCGAACUUUUGUCGCGUCUUUGGCACAACGGUUUUUGACGUUAUAAUCGUAUUGAGAAAAAUUCGUGGUUCCGAAAUCGUUAAAAUUAACUGGUAAUCAACAGAAAUCGAUUGAACUUUGUGUCCGCACUUUUCUUUACGAUUUUCAUAAUUUGCUGUCAUGUUUUCGAACUUAUUAUUUUGCACGAUUAAUCACUGAUGACAGCAGCACCACCACCAACAGCACACUUGCAUUUAUACGAAAGCACCGCAAUAUUCAUUCGAUUAAUGGUGGAGACUUUGAAUAUUCGAGUAUUUUGUUUAAGUUAUGUAGGAAGCGGUAGGUACAGAAAUACCUAGAACUUGGGGGAGACUGUGAGCGAUUAACGAACUUUAACGACGCGACAAUUAUUUUACGAUAAAUUAAUCUCCCGCCACUUUUUACGAAGCACCGCAUCGAUGUAUGUUAGGUUUCGUGCUUCAUUCGCAGUCUCCCCCCGACAGAAACCUGUCAGCGGUUGCGCUGCUCGUACUUCGAACGAUGGGCAUCAAUUGAGAAAAAAUAAAUUUUGAAAAAAAGUUUUAUCGCUAGUAGAAAUGAACUAAAUUUUCAGUUUUUCAUUUAAAUUCAUUCGAUUGACGUAAUUAAUUAAAAAAGAAUUAAUAAAAAUACGUCAAUAGUCAUUCAAAUGGUUCGAGUUGUCGGUGUUCCGACAAAAGUGCGACAGUCUCGUCGUGGCGCGAGCGCUGACGGGUUGCGCCCGAAUCAGAAUCGAGAUGCCGCGUCAGUCGUGAAAUUUUGUGAAAAACGAUAAAAAUGGAGAUUCCGAUGGUUUUUUAACGGUUAAACGGUGAAAUAAAUGUUGCAGUAAGUUUCACGAAGUUCCUGCAGAAGAUAAUGAUGGUUGUCGGAAAGGCGAAGCCAGCUCAGGUUUAAGGAAGGACCUACUCGCGAGACGCCAUUUUUCAACGGUUCGUGUCGAUAAUUCCCUCGUAAAAAAGGAUUAAAAACUGAGAAAAACGGAAACCCGAUCGAGCUGGAGGCAAACGGCGAAUGGAAUGGAUUCGAAGGGGUUCAAAAAAGUGCGUUCCAACGACAAGAGACAGCCAUAUUGAGUUGGGACGCGUGAACGAAUGAAAUUCCUCGAAGUCGUCGAAAACUCGUGCGAAGGUUUUUCGUCCCGAGAAACAAAGAAAUCCGUUUGUGCGCUCGAAACUUGCGGGUAAAUCCUCACGCCGGAGAAAAACACGAAUCUCGCAUUUCUCAUAUGAAGUUUAUCAACGGCCGAUCAUCCAACGAACGAACACUGACCAAAAUGUCUGUCGAAUCAGUAUUUUGUUUCGCGCUAAUUUCCUGUUGCAAAUCCAAUGUUCCGAGAGUCGCUUUUGUGUGCGGCGUUGCCGUUGAAAUGUCGAAGAAUUUUGAAGGCACAAAAGUUUGAAAGAUUCAACUUUUUCAAGGUCUCGAAGCCGAAUUGAUCAGUUAUUCAAAUUUUUGUCGCAAAUAAUAUUUAACAAGUUCACAGGCACAGAAAUAAAGUGAGUGAUUAUCUAAAUUGAGGAUGAAAAGAUGAGACGUGCGAGGUUUUUCGUUAUAUUUUCAUCGAAACAAUAUCUCGUAUCCAGAGCUUCCAACGAAUCGAUUUUUUUACGAAAUUUUUGUCGAAAAUUUCCGCACAUUUGCUGGAAAUGAAUAGCCUUACUCGCCAUUCAAUUUUUCGACAUUUUAUCAUUUCAACGUGAUCGCCUGACUGUGUUUACGAAAAAGAGUAUUUUAUGUAAAUCUACGUUUAGGAUUUUUUUACAUUUCAUCCUAACGAAUUUUGCUCGAAAAUUACGUUGCUCGUUAUUUGGAAAAAUACAACGGAUUGUUCGAUGACCGGCCGACGCGACAUCUGGCGUCGCGCAUGCGAAAAAGAAACGAAAAAACCGUUACUGCCAAGAGAUUUAAUUUUUUUAGAUAUUAUUAUUAUAUUACUGUUCCGUUUCGUACGAGUAGUCUCGGGACUUUUGGGUCGUCGCGCGUUCGCGGAGAUAUUUUCUGCCACGACAAUAAGUUUUCUUCAUCAUUAUGCUAUUUUAGACCCAUUUUCGUUGAACCAAGUCUCAUAUUUAUGCAUGACAAGAUUUUUAGUCAUCGUGUGCGUCAAGUGAAAACAAACGCAGGUUUGACCUUGAAAAGAAAUUUACGUUUGCUCAGUUUGCAUUUGUCGAUUUUCGCGAGACAGUCGAAAUUUGUGCGACGGGGCUGCGCGUCAUUCGGACCCUGCUCCGUUGUAAAAUGACUAGUGAAAUCAACGAAAAACAAAAUAAUACCCACAUUCCUGUUCGAGCAAGUUUCAGCAGCGGUCGAAUCACGUCAGCUUGUGCGAAUAUGACAGAAGAUUUUCAAAACAUCCGAGCACCCGUCAAAUUCUCUAUGUUUUUCAAUGUCAAAGUUAUUAGCACUUUUUUCACGUCGAAAACAAUCAUCCAUCGAUUUGCACAAAUUUUCAUUUCUUCACCCACUUUUUCUGACGCAAUACAUCACACGUUCAAUAAUUCACUUCGAAGAUAAUUAAUUCGAGUGACAACAAGCACAAACUCAGAGAUUUAUGAUCGAAUGGAACAAAAUAAUUUAUAUUUCGUUGCAACACACGCGGAACCGUUCGUAACUAACCUCCAUUGCCGUCCAAUUUUCCUCGACCGUUUUAGAGACAAUAAUCCCCACGGCGGGGCGCUCGUAACAGACGCGACGCGAUUUACCUGUCGCUGAAACUUGUUCGUUAGGCGAAAACGACCGAAUAAAAACGAAUAGACAAUUUGCACAUAUCCGUAUAGUGGAAGAUGUCCCUCUUCGGACCAAUUGAGUCUCCACAGGGUGUAUACAUAUACAUAUAUUCUUGGAACGAGAUCUCGGUAUAUAUACAAUAUAAAAAUGCGUAUAUAUAAAUACAGAAGCAGAACGAUCCUUAGACCGAAAAUUCUGAACUUAGUUGUUUUUACGAAGGAAAAAUAUCGACGCUUUUUAUACUAUUAUUUAAUAAUAUAUUAUACAAAUACAAAAUAUACACUAAUAAAUUGUAGUUGUUGCUUUACAAGACGAUAAAAGUGCUCGUCAGCAGGAUGCGUUCGUAAUCGAUUAACUAUUUUAUCAUAAACAGCAACAACAACAAACAAACAAAUCAACAACUCACGUGACAAUAAGGCAUUGACUGAGAAAUAUACCGGAUGAGUUAUGAGUGAAGGAGCAAUUUAAACAUUCCGUAGAAUGAAUUUGUAUUAUUAUGAUUAUUUUAUUUUUAUUAUUAUUACGAUCCAAUCCCCUCUGUAUAUGUACUUGAAAAACGAACAACAACAAAAAGGAGAAAAAAAUAAGAGAAUAACGUCGCGGGAGCUGCUCCAGUAGCAAUAGUCUUAGCGUUAUCGUGAGCAUGCUCAAAUUGCUGUGUGAACCUCAUGUUUAUCGAGUGUGGAAAAAAGAUAAAAAGAACGAAGAAAUAAAAACAUUGGAAUCGAAUGCGUGAAACCGGUAGCUUAGGAUCUUGACGGAAUGAUAAUAAAAGAAAAAUAUCCAACAAAAUAUGAGUUUUUAAAAUAAAUAUAUAUACAUAUAUAUUAAAUGAAAGAGCGAACUGUGACAAUACUUGUACAUGCAUCAUACAUAUAGAGAUGUAUAUAUCUGUAACUGUGGCUCGAAUGUUUAAUCGUAUGUACACUACCUCAAAAUCACACUUCUGGGCUGCCCUUUCUUGAGGUUACGUCACAUAAAUACUCCUUCGAACGGUAGAAUCGAUGGUCGGAAGGAUCAUUCGUGUAUUCGGAGAUCGAGAGAUGAUGAAAUUCGACAGUGACCAUAUAAACAUGGUUUUUGCCAUAAUUUUGACGAGCGAACGUAAAAUAGUUCGAAUUUCAACCGCUAGGGCAACGAGUUGUUCCGAAACACUAGUUCGGCACGCUGACAACUAUAUAUUUGGAAUGCCACGGGCAGCCUCCGUGUCAAUAAUUGUUAUUAGCGUAUAUAUUUGAAGAGUGAAGAAUAUAUGGAGCUGUUGGUGCAAA